GUGAACAGCUCCUGCCUGGAGGAGGUGAGCCACGAACACGCCGUCACUGCCUUGAAAAACACUCCCGACGUGGUCUACUUGAAAGUGGCUAAACCCAACAGUGUCUUCAUGAACGACAGCUUCGCUCCGCCCGACCUCACCAACUCGUACUCCCAGCGCAUGGAGAACCAUAUCAGCCCCCCCAACUUCCUGGGUCAGCCCGUCCCUCCGCCAGCAUCCUCGGGGCGUUACUCCCCGACCCCGAAGAGCACGCUGGGAGACGACGACGUCACCCGGGAGCCGAGGAAGGUGGUGCUUCACAGAGGAGCGACGGGACUAGGCUUCAACAUCGUGGGCGGGGAGGACGGCGAGGGGAUCUUCAUCUCCUUCAUCCUCGCCGGAGGACCUGCUGACCUCAGCGGAGAGCUGAGGAAAGGAGACCGACUCGUCUCCGUGAACGGCGUGGACCUCCGUAACGCCACCCACGAACAGGCGGCCGCCGCCCUGAAGAACGCCGGGCAGACAGUGACCAUCGUCGCCCACUACAGACCAGAAGAGUACAGCCGGUUUGAGGCAAAGAUCCACGACCUGAGGGAGCAGAUGAUGAACAGCAGCAUCAGCUCGGGCUCUGGGUCUCUGCGGACGAGUCAGAAGAGGUCGUUGUACGUCAGAGCUCUGUUCGACUACGAUAAGACGAGAGACUCCGGUCUGCCGAGUCAGGGCCUGAACUUUAAGUUCGGAGACAUCCUUCACGUGGUGAACGCCUCCGACGACGAGUGGUGGCAGGCGAGGCAGCUGACGGCACAGGGAGAGGUGGAGGAGGUGGGGGUCAUCCCCAGCAAGAGACGGGUGGAGAAGAAGGAGAGGGCGAGGUUAAAGACGGUGAAGUUUAACGCCAAGUCUCGGGACAGAGGGCAGUCUCUCAAUGACAAGCGUAAAAAGAACCUCUUUUCCCGAAAGUUUCCGUUCUACAAGAGCAAAGAGGCGAGCGAGCAGGAGACCAGCGAUGUCGACCAACACGUGACGUCUAACGCCAGCGAUAGUGAGAGUAGCUACCGUGGGCAGGAGGAGUACGUGCUGUCCUACGAGCCCGUCGUUCAGCAGGAAGUGAACUACACCCGCCCCGUCAUCAUCCUCGGCCCCAUGAAGGACCGCAUCAACGACGACCUGAUCUCAGAGUUCCCCGACAAGUUCGGAUCCUGCGUCCCUCACACGACCCGGCCGAAGCGGGACUACGAGGUGGACGGCAGAGACUAUCACUUCGUGAUCUCCAGAGAGCAGAUGGAGAAGGACAUCCAGGACCACAAGUUCAUCGAGGCGGGGCAAUACAACAACCACCUGUACGGGACCAGCGUGCAGUCGGUCCGGGAGGUGGCGGAGAAGGGCAAACACUGCAUCCUGGACGUGUCAGGUAACGCCAUCAAGAGACUCCAGCUGGCUCAGCUCCACCCCAUCGCCAUCUUCAUCAAACCCAAAUCUGUGGAGAACAUCAUGGAGAUGAACAAGCGUCUGACGGAGGAGCAGGGCAAGAAGACCUUCGACCGAGCGAACAAGCUGGAGCAGGAGUUCACCGAGCAUUUCACAGCCAUCGUGCAGGGCGACACGCUGGAGGAGAUCUACGACCAGGUGAAGCAGAUCAUCGAGGAGCAGUCGGGUCCCUUCAUCUGGGUUCAGUCCAAGGAGAAGUUAUGAAGACGGCCGCUCCUCCUCCUCGUUUUGACGGACGAGUCGACCUGCAGACGUCCCCUCCCCCACGCCUCACCCUCCACUCGCCCCAUCAGCGACGCAACGGCCGACCCGAGUUCAGUUUAGCUUCUUUUCUUUCUUUCUUUGCCUGAUAAGACUUCAUGUUUGGGUUUCCUGACCAGCAGAGCAAAGCACACAGGAAGUUUGAUGACAUCACACUCACCGCGGUACAGCUCCUUAAUGUUUAAGGGAGGAGAACUUUAGAGGAGACGAGGAAGGUACCUGGAAGUGACGAGAAGAAACGUACGAAGUGGAUUUUAUGUUUAGUUUUUUCUUUGUGGGUUUUUUUCCCUUUUUUUGUCUUGUAAGGUAAGCUGGUGGGCGGAGUUUCAGUCUCAGGCAGCGUCUGUCGGUCCGGAGGAGGCGGAGACACAAAAAGCAAAACUUUGCACGUUUGAGCUUUAACAGCAUGUCAGUUAAUCCCGUUUAUUUUCCCAUCAGCCCCGUCGCCUCACGUCUGAUGUCACCGCUUUUCUCUUCUGCUCGUUUUUUAGACUCUACUCACGUUUCGUUUGUUUUUUAUUUUCGCUCCUCGCUGCUGCUGGAUGUUCGUCAGGACGCUGCGAGGUUCCUGCUCUGCUGCUAGAGGGCGCCGCAAGGCUUAACGAAGGAAAACGACAGUUUCUUUACUUUGUUUUUAGAGGAAACGGUUUUAACAUUUAUAAUUUUCUGUCAAUGAGAAAGAAUCUGACAGAUUUUCUGAUUUCAGGGAUGAAAAAAUAAAAGCUCUGAUGUUUCUGCAGACGUCGAAUCGUUUCUCACCAAACCACCGAGACAGAGACAGAAAAAUAUAAAUAUUUUUAUAGAUGAAAAUAAGCUGAGUGCAAUCAUCAAAAAUUAUAAAUCAUAUCUAUAAAAAACAUUUUAUUCAUUAACGUGUUUAAUUUCACUAAAACACCAAAUGCAACACAGAAAUCCCCAAAUAUGUUUAUUUUAUUACCAGAAAAAUCUCAAUAUUAGAAAUAACAAAAGAAUCUAAUAAAAUCAAACUAUUUUAUUUUACUAAAGAAAAUUAUCUCAGAAUUUUAUGAAACUCUGAUUAUGCCAAAUAUGGUUUAUGAUAAAAUCUAAUUUAAAAUAAUUAAAUAUUAAAAUCAAGAAAAAUGCAACAAACAUUUUCCGCCUGUUACACAAACUGCUCAUAAUUAAUAAACAGAUUUUUAUGAAAGAUCCAGAACAGCAAGGAAAAAAUAAUCUA